AUGACAGAUGUGGACGUAGAGGCGGUGGUGGUGGUGGAGGUGGAGGUGGUGGUGGUGGUGGUGUUGUCAGGUCCAGAGGGAGGAGAGCUGCUGCAGACACAGAUGUUUCCAGUCGGAGAAAAGACAGCUCCGAGAGCGCGAGGGAUCAGAGCUUCACCACUGAAUAUUUAUGAUCUCGAGCCGCUGCUCAUUUCUAGCCACAUUUUUUUUUUAGGUUGGACCGAAGGGGCUUGCCAGGUCAAGCAUUUCACUUUGGGGGAAGAGGAUUGGAUGCAGAAAUCAAAGCCUCUUGGUUUGAUUCGCCCGGGUUCAAAAGGAGGAAGAGUGCUUUAUGGACGAGUGUGGUGGCGGCGUCUGGAAAUGGAGCAGGCGGAGAGCGCUCAGACUCAAUGA